CUACAUUUUCGUAAGCGUAACAUAUUAUCGCGUCAAUAAAAAUGGCGACGGCUGUGGCAGUUAGGCAGAAUAUUGGGAAUUGGUCAAAAGUGUUUCCAAAUGAACUAGGUACCGAACUACGGUCCUUAGUCUUUAUCAAGAAAUUGCUCGCAGUGGCGGCGUCUUAUGUUUUAUACUUCAGAGAUAUUUUCCCUGAAUCAGCAUUCCACGACAAACAACUAGAAGGAAUUGAACUGAAGAUACUGAAAGAAAGCUCUGAAUUUCCAGAAUCUUCGAAGAUAAUCUACUGGCUUAAGGGUUGCUUUGAUGCAAUUGAUCGAAAAUUCCUAAAAUCAGCGACUAUUGCACUUUAUACCCCCUCUGAUAAAGAUGAUGAAUGCAAUGUGAUUGAAUCAUAUUGCUUUCGUCUGUCGUAUGGACAGAGCAACUUCUCACUAAGUGUAACUUCUGAAAACGAAAGUCUAUGUGAUCUAUCUUACACUUCUGAUAAAGAAAUUAAAUCAGCCACCCUAAACCUUUUAAAGAACAUAGAGACAGCUGGGAAGAGAUUAUCAAAACUACCAUCAGAGCUAAUGAUAACAAUGAAACUGCAGUAUUAUGACGAAGUAACACCAGAAGAUUAUAUGACACCGGGAUUCAAGCGCGCGGAUGACACGACUUUUGUCUAUGAAGAAGAUAAUAUCAAUGUACGACUGGGUAACGUGAGAACGGCUCACCACAGCAUUAAAAUGCACGUACAGACGAGUCGAAGAUUAUUUUCUGGAUCUGUGAAGUCUACUGAGUCAACACAAGAAGAAUGUGUCCAUGAAAUUUCGUCAGGUUCACAAAUUAAAAGUAAACUGAGCGAAGAAGAGGAACUCAGUUUAUCGUUUCAACAACAAACUUUAGCAUCGGAUGAAAGUGAAUCACAAAUCUAUAAAGUUCGUUGUCCUUGUGGUGUAAACAAAGAUGAUGGUGUUAUGAUUUUAUGUGAUGGAUGUGGUAGAUGGCAACAUGCAAUUUGCUUUCGAAUUUCGGAGGAGUACAACGUUCCAGUUUCCCAUGUCUGUGAGAUUUGCGCAAAACAUAAGCCUGAACUUCUUCAAAAUGGAGGUACUACAGAUGAAACUAUUCAAAAUAUGACUGAGGAUGCCAGAAAGGCAACUUGUCUCUUUCGACGUGCAAUAAGUCUAUGUAUGUAUGUUGAUUCAGUAUCACCUGCUGUCUUAGCCAGAGCCCUUGCAGUAGAGUAUACUGUCGCUCGUGGAAUUUUUAACCGUUUAGUUAAAGAGCAAGUUGUUAAACGUCCAGGACCAAAAAGGGGGGAAAAACUGGUUGAAAAAGAAUUUCUGAAGAAUACUGUAUAUCCAUGUGUCUUUGGACGUGGCAGUCAGAAUGAGAAAAAGGAAACUAUGAAACGUACACACGAAAGCAUGAUACAGUCAACGAUUGAAAAGGAAAAUGACGAUGAUGAUGAUGAUGAGUUAAUGAAUAAUUGUACUCAAGACUCUUUGUUCUCACCAGCAGUUGAUAAGAAAAGACGAAAAAUAGAUUUGGCUAACACACCAAUUAACAUAUUUCGUCCAUAAAAACACCACCACUUGUGUUCUUGUUGUUGUGUUUUGUUGUUUAACUAGAAACUAAUGUUGUUAACAACAUUUUGCUUAUUC